AUGCCCGGGAGCAGUGACGUAAACCCUAGCGCAACGUCUCUGUUCGCAUUCAAGCCUCGCCAAGUUAUCCUCUCACAGCAGCAGCAAAGACGCGUACCUAUGGCGAAGGCUAAGCCUGAAACCCCGUCCGAACUGAAGCCCGAGGACGAGUCUGUGCUGAUAUCCUCUGUCGCUCGAUGGCUUGAGAAUAAGGGAUUUUCCAAAGUUCUCAAACGCUUCCUCUCCGCAGCUCAAAUUGAGGACGACACUUGGAAGGCUAAGGCACUUGACUUGAAUGAGAUUUUCUCAAAGUAUCAGGAACUGUGUAAUAAUGCUCGGGAACAAGCGACGUCCCAGAAGAAGAUAGAAAAACAGACUGAUGGCACAUUAGAGAAAAAUGGGGAUGCGAAUUGUGUGGAUUCUGAGGAAGCUAUAAAUAAGAAAAAGAAGAAGAAAAAUGGUAAGGAGGAUGCUGCAGUUGCUGAGACAGGACGAACUUCCGGAGGUACAGUCAUCAAUGAAAAGAUAUAUGAAUCAAAUGAGUCUAAACCGUCUAAGGAAUCUGAUGGUGCGGAAGCUCUUGAAUCAACGGUGGAUCAAUCAACUAAGAAGCCCAAAGAUAAGAAGAAAAAGAAAAACAAGUCGAUCUCAGAAGCAUUAGAUGCUGAUGGAAAGCAAAUAGAUGUUUUGCCUGAGGUGUCUCAAUCAAACAAUCAAGGUUUAUCUAAGGGUUCUGCUGAAGAGGCACUUAAUGAAAAAACCACUACAAAUAAGAAAUCUAAAAAGAAAAAAGUUGAGGCUACAGAGAAUGGAGAUAAUGAACAUGAGAAGUCUACCAAGAAGAGAAAAAGGACGGAUCAUGUUGAAAAAGAAAACCAGUAUGGUGAUGAAGUGGCUGUUGAAGAAUCAAAGUCUAAAAAGUCAAAAGGUCUUGAAGCAGACAAAGAUCUUGACUCUGGAUCCAAUGGACAUGCUAAACAAACUGAUGAGAAUGCUAAUGGUGCCGUUAUUGGCAAUGGAGCGGAUAAAUCCAGUCAAAAAAAAUCUGCGAAGAAACAGUGGAACGGUUCCGCUGAGCCAAAAGCAGGGAAUGCAUUUCAAAGAGUGAAAAUUGAUGAGGUGGAAUUUGUUGAUGUAAGGCUUCAAGAUAACUCAUAUUGGGCCAAGGAUGGUGCAGAAACUGGUUAUGGUGCAAAAGCACAAGAAGUUUUGGGACAAGUCGAAGGAAGGCAAAGAGAGGAACAAGGGGAAAGUGAUUCAGUUGAAGAUGUAGACAGUGGUAUAGAAUCUAUUAAUGAUUCAGAAGAGACUGAGGAUGAUGGCGAGGAUGAAAUCGAUAAUAUGCCUGCCAAGGGUGAUAUUGUUCAAAAUAAGGCAAAAGAUGGUGUGGAACUGAGUGAAGAUGUUGGGACAGACGACGAUGAUACAGCAGUGAUGUCUGACAUGUCUGACACUGAUGAUGAAAGUGAUUUGAGAGUGAAUAAUCAGUCCCUUUCAGAGAGACCUAUGAUCUUAAGUAGCUUUGACAAUCAUUUGUCUCACAAAAUAUCCUCCUCAGAGAUUGACCAUUUAAUGAAAAGAAAAUGGAGGUACACAUGGAAAAUGCCUGCUCUUAACCUGUCAAGUUGCUACUGGAGAGGAACAGGAACAUGUGCAAUUAAGAAAAUUGGGGAGGCAGAAGUUGACAAAGAAAAAGAUUUUGAUUAUCUAUCUUCAAUAGAAAUCUUAAUCAUUGAUCAUGCAGAUGUCAUGCUAAUGCAGAAUUGGUCCCAUGUGAAUACUGUUGUUGAACAUAUGAAUAAACUGCCGUCUAAGCAACAUGGAACCGAUAUUAUGCGCAUAAGGCCAUGGUACCUGGAUGGACAAGCACGUUUCUAUCGGCAAACAAUAAUUUUGAGUUCUCAUGUAAAUCCAGAACUCAAUGCCCUUCUUAAUCAACAUUGCCUUAAUUACCAGGGAAAGGUCAAAUUGGAGUGCAAGUAUAAAGGUGUUCUUCCAAAAAUAUUAAUUCCAGUGCGACAGAUUUAUGAGCGUUUUGAUACUGAAUCUAUUGCCGAAGCUGAUGAUGCUCGACUUAAAUAUUUUUGUGAAAAGGUUUUCCCCAAGAUAAAAGAUUCUGUUCAGAAUGGUGUAAUGAUAUUCAUUAGUUCUUACUUUGAGUUUGUCCGACUCCGGAAUUAUUUGAAGUCACAAGCUGCUUCCGUCUGCUUGUUCGGAGAGUAUAUAAAACGAAACGAUAUAUCUCAUGUUCGGGGGCAGUUUUUCAGAGGGGAAAAGAAAAUUAUGCUUUAUACCGAGAGAGCCCAUUUCUACUACAGAUACAAGAUUCGUGGCGUGAAGAACUUAAUCAUCUAUUCCCUGCCCGAGAGAAAAGAAUUUUACCCUGAGAUUGUUAACUUGCUGGAAGAGACGGAGAGCAUGGAUUGCAGAGUCCUAUUUUCUCGUUUGGAUCAUCUUCGGCUGGAGAGAAUAGUUGGUUCUGCUGCUGCAAAACGGAUGGUUGACUCAGAGAAAUCCGUUUUUGUUUUCGCUUAG